AAAGAAAGGUAGAGUUUGUGGAAGAUGGUGAGAGCUCCCUUCUAUGAUAAAGAUGGAUUAAAGAAAGGUGAAUGGAGUCCUGAAGAAGAUCAAAAACUAACAUCUUAUGUCCAAAGAUAUGGUCAUUGGAACUGGCGUCUUCUUCCUACAUUUGCUGGUCUUAAAAGGAGCGGAAAGUGUUGUAGGUUAAGAUGGAUGAAUUACCUACGGCCUGAAGUAAAACAUGGAAACUUCACUGAAGAAGAAGAUGCAUUGAUCAUCAAAUUACAUGCACAAUGUGGAAACAGAUGGUCCACCAUCGCUAAAAGUUUACCAGGAAGAACGGACAGUGAAAUAAAAAAUCGCUGCCAGGCUCAGCUAAAGAAGCGCACACAACGAAAUACGACAGCAUCUGAUGUGAAAGAUACCUCUAGUUGUCAAAGUGAAGCCACCCAGAAUUCUGAAGCUAAAGCCGAAAGCAUCAUUGUUAAUACUCCCGCCAACAUGAUCGUAGAGAGUUCCCCCUUGACUCCGGCAACAUCUUCAACAACUGAAUUGUCUUCCUUCAGCUCCGGCAGUGGAUCUAUGUCUGGAUUAAAUGUUAUUAGGGGUAUAGAAGACACUUAUUUUCUUCCUUCUUCGGAAAUAUAUGAAGUUCAAAGCAGUGGAGAUUUCUGGAGUGAGCCCUUCGUUGUAGACAAUAUCUACGACUACAACCAAGACGGUGGUAAUACGUCAUCCUUGGAAAAGGGUGGAUUUCAGCUGCCAUUACCUUUUGACGACAUGUACUAUGAUGACUAUGCUGAUUUGCUCCACGACUUGAUGCAAGUGUAGGGCAUAAAAUUGUAUUUCAAUUUUUUUUCCAAUUGCUGGCACCAUGGGUAUGCAGCUCAAAUAAUCUACAUCACAGCAAUGUUAA